AGAUUUACAUUUCUAUACUGCUGUUAUGAGUAAACAGCUGUUCCCUUCAUCUGGCCGUCCGAAUGAUGGCGCAUGCGCGAAGUUGAGCUUCAGAUCUGACGUCACGUCCUUCCGCUCAACAUGGCGGCGCAGCGCUGGAGUCUGAUGCAAAGCCAUCAGAGUUGGACAGAUGAUCUGCCUCUGUGUCAGCUGUGUGGCGUCGGCUCAGCCCCAAACUGUGUGUACGGCCCCGAUGGGAAAGGGACCCAGAGCCACCCGAAUGAAGACGGACAUUUCCGCUUCAGUACCGAGUGCUGUUUUCUCUAUGGAGUGUUUGAUGGUUAUGACGGCAGCAGGGUGGCAGAUUUUGUGCGUCAGCGAAUGACGGCCGAACUUUUACUGGAUCAGCUGAGCGUCAGUCAUACGGAUGCAGACGUACGGAGAGUCCUGUCACAGGCUUUUGAUGUCGUAGAGAAGAGUUACUUUGAGACCAUUGAUGAUGCUCUGGCAGAAAGGGCAAACCUACAAACACAACUACCAGAGGGUGUCUUUCUCACAGCUCAGACUCAGAAGAUGUCAGAAAGAUUGAAGUCUUUAGAGCAGGAGGUCUCAGGUGGAGCCACAGCUAUAGUAGCUCUGAUACUCAAUAAUAAACUCUACAUCGCCAAUGUAGGUACCAAUCGGGCUCUUCUUUGUAAAACCACAACUGAUGGUCAGAACCAGGUGAUCCAGAUCGGCCGAGCACACACGACUGACAACGAGGAUGAGCUGUCUAGACUCGCACAGCUGGGUCUGGAUCCGGUGCGGUUGAGGCAGUCUGGACUGAUUUCUGGUCACAGCAGCACUCGUCGGAUUGGCGACUACAAAGUCAAAUUUAACUACACAGACAUCGAUGUGCUCAGUGCAGCAAAGAAUAAGCCAAUCAUCGCAGAGCCUGAGAUUCACGGCGGCCAAUCGCUGGAGGAGGUGACGGGUUUCCUGCUGCUGAUGUCAGAGGGGCUCAUCAAAGCCCUCGAAUCGGCCCACGGACCGGAGCAAGUCAACCAGGAGAUCGUUGCCAUGGUAGCAGCAGAGUUGGCUCUGCAGAGCACUCUGGAGGCGGCUGCGCAGUCGGUGGUGGAGCGCGUCAAACGGCUGCAUCACGACGUGUACGUGAGCGGCAGGCAGAGAGCGUCACACUGCGCUCGACACGAGGACAUGACGCUGCUGAUCAGAAUCAUCAACUACCAGCUGGCAGACGGAUCGCUCACACCAACACAAGGAGGACGGAUCUACCCCGUGUCUGUGCCGUACUCCAAUCAUCAGAGCACCAGUAAAACCAGUGUCACGCUGUCUCUGGUCAUGCCAUCGCAGGGCACGCUGACCAACGGCUCAAACACGGCAUCCACACUCGAGGGAGACACGCCUACCGCUGGUCAAAGCCCGACACAGACGCUGCAGUCCACCAACACGCACACGCAGAGUUCCAGUUCCAGUUCUGGAGAUGGAAGUUUGUUUCGACAGAGAGGAAGCCAAGCGGCUCAGCCGGAUGAAACCGGACGGGUCCCGCCGUACGUGGACUUCACACAGUUUUACCGGAUGUGGGGAUCGGAUCACAGCGAUGGACAGGCCUUGACUGCCGAACUCUGAACAUCUGUAGCCUGAGAGGACCAAUCAGAACUCACGGCGUGAAGCUUUCUUACGGGCCGGAGUCAUAUGAGGAACAAAUAAAGUCGUCUGUUGUUCCAGCGAGGUAGAAUUGACCCUGACGACGUAUGCACCUACAUACACAUAAUGGAUAUCUAUUUAUUUAGGGUUCUAGUAAAAUGAAUUAAAGGUGAUCAUCAUUAAUAGAAUAAUUAAACUGAUGAUAUAAAAGAGGAAAUCUUAUGGUGUUAAGUUUGAAAUGUUGGCCCACUUCUUCAAACAAAGGUUUGUGUUGUCCAGUAUUAGACGUGACUUUAUUUCUCAUCUGUUUUCUGCUCAUUAUUACAGUACUCACCUGUUUUUAUAAGAACAUUUAUUAUUUCUCUGCUCUUCUGUUUGUUUUUUUGUGUGUGUGUGUCUGUCUAUGUAUGUGUGUGUACAUGCUUAUAUGUGUUUACUGUGCAUUCCAAUGUCUAUAAUAAAGACUUGUGGAUGUUCAUAUG